AUGCAGCCAAGAUCGGAGGGAGAACAAGAAAAUAGAUCAGAAACAGGAAUACUUCGUCGACGAAGAGUCGUAAAUCGUCCGUUUUCUGUAAAUUCACUGGCACCAGCUGCUGUAAAUACUAUAAAUGAUAUUUCGGCAACUGAAGAUGCCAUUGAUGCAUCUAGCAUUGCAACUUCAUCAUCGUCCUGUACGAAUACAAUGUGCAUUCCCGGCAACACGGCAACAAUUACUGCACCUUCUUCGGAAGUUGCUGCUUAUUCGCAGUCUCAAAUUGGUAACUCUUUUAUAGGUGGGAAGUCAAGCACUUCUGCAUCUUCCAGUACUAUUAACAAAGUACCCCGUCGAUGGGAACAUUGGAAUUGUACUGAAAUCAACACAUUUUUUGAAGGUAUCAAGCUGUACGGAAGAGAUUUCGAACAAAUAGCGAAAUUAAUGACUCGACGGAAAUUGAAUAAAGACAAAGAUCAGAUUCGUAACUACUAUUUCAAUUCACUAAAGUUGAUAAAAUCAUCAACACAUAUCAAUGAAAGUUUGAUGGCAAAUAUACCACGAGAUGCCAAGGAGCUGUUUAUUUUGAUCAAUGGAUUUGAAUGGAAAAGAAGAAUUUGUGACAAAUUUGACGAAGCAAAAUUUCAUCAGCUUGUGAUGAACGGAUCAACGUAUGAGAAAAAGCGGAAGAAAAAGCAACUUGUGUUGGUGCGUACUCCAAUGUGUCCUUCACUACAAAAAUGUUUCCCGAGUUAUAGCUCAUCACCACUGCCAACACACGUUUACUUAAAUCUCACUCCUCAAACAGAAGCUGAUCGUUACUUCGUAGAGAAGCGUGGGCAAAAUCCGCUGAUUAGAAUUAAAAUUGCUAUGGGUGAUCAAAUAAGUCGUGUUUUUUCUCUCCUAAAGAUGAAAUGGAAUUUGCGAUUACAGAAAUCGAUUGGUUGUAUAGCGGAUGAGAAAGAGCAGGUGCAAGUUGUCCUGUAUCCGGAUAAAACAACUCGAGUAGGAAAAGUAAUUGUCAAUCUUCAUGAAACAACACCAACAGUAUUUUCAGUUAAUCGGUUGAUAAGUGAGCUGAAACGAAUGGGAACUAUUGAUGAGAGUAGUGGACACUGUCAAAUUGAGACUUCAAAUGCUUCUGAAGAAUUGCCAAAAGAUUCAAAAGUAACAGAUCAUGCAGAUGAUUGUGAUGAUGGACCUUUCACUGUAAACGAAAACAAAUUUCGUGCUGGACUGACGGAGAAAUCUGUUGACAAGGCAACUGUUACCGAACUUUACUACUUGUGUGGUAAAGAAGCUGAAAUCAAGCUUGUUUAUUCUACUGGAAUGAAGCGAAUGGGUGAUCCUGAACCGUGGCACAUUUUCCUCCAGCUUUUAUGCCGUGGUUACGGAGAAGCUCUUUGUAAGUCUCUUAAUGGACCUCAGAAAACGGCGGAAGCAGAUGAGUUUCCUGAACGAAAGUGGCAAGAGAAGAUCAAAAAAAAGCGAGAAGAUACAGAACCAGCAGUAGCUGUUAUGUCUGAAUCCACAGAAAAAAAUCAAGGAUCCGAAGAUAUUGUAAAUGAAAUAGUUGAAAAUGAGACUAGUGCUUUUAUGGAACAGCUUGAAAGUUUAAAAGUAAAGAAGCGUACUCGCACGUUCCAUCGACGUUUUCCUGACAAAAGAAGCAGAGUCGAAUCAAGAAUCGUGAUGAGUCCGACUUUUAGUGGUCAUCCAUCUGUAUGUAGGGAUGAUCAGUUGAUAUCAGUUCAUUCAAGAGACGAGAAUGUAUGGUCUCCGAAUAACAUCACUGGAACGGAAAAUGUUCAUGUUGCAGUACAAUGUCAUGAUACAAUGAGACCAGAGUUUGCAAUUACCUGUGGAGAAAGAUGUAGUGGUAGUUUCAGUGAGGUCGUACCAGGAUGUGAUUAUUUCAUGCCAAAAAAUGAUGCUGUAUUAGACGCAGCUUAUGUCGCAGGAAGUGGAAAUCAAGGAAUGAAUACAAUGUUUGGAAUUCCGAUUGUAGCAAUACCGGCUCAAAUAACGCCAUUGAAUUCAUUACCUGUUAAUGAUGCAGUUGAUUCCGGUCGUGGAGAGUUUAUGCAAGGUGUAACUCAGGAUAAGGUUAUUUCUCCUAGAAGCAGUAUGGAUCCAGAAAGAGACAACAGUAGUUUACUGAUGUUAUCUCCAAUGAAGGAAAAUACUCUUCUGAGGGAACUCCAAAGUGCACCUUCCAUGGAUAAGACUAUCGAAGUUAUGUUGCAAGAAAAUAGUACCGAAUGCUAUCGUUUCGUUGAGCAGUUUGCUUCCAGUAUCAAUUCAAAUACGGUCAGUGGUGAAUUAAGUGAGGAAAGUGAGAUAACUUUUAUCGCGGAGCAACUUGCGCAGUCAGCUGCUGAUACACUUAAUUCUGCUACAUCUGCUAAUUUGAGAUCUAACGAGCAUAGACAUUAG